CGCGGCGCGCUGCGGGCGGAACGCACUGUGGAGAGGCUGUGGAGCGCCGGGCCUGGCGGGCGCGAGGAGCGGCGGCUGAGUAAUCUCUACACCCAGUGUGGAGUUGGAACUCACAACCCGGAGACCGAGAGUCGUGUGUUCUACCCACGGAGCCAGCCAGACGCCCCAGGGGGUUGCCCUUCAAAAGUGGGAGGAGGGCUCCGAGCCCAGGAAGGGGGAUUCCAAGAUCCGGACCCGAGAUAAAAGAAUGGCAAAUUCCUUUGCAUCAAAGACCUUCACCGCACUUUCAGAUCUGCAUCCAAAUUUGGCUAAUCUGAAAAUAAUUGGUAUAGUUAUUGGGAAAACAGAUGUCAAAGGCUUUCCAGACAGAAAAAAUAUUGGAUCAGAGAGGUACACUUUCAGUUUUACCAUUCGGGACUCACCAACCCAUUUUGUAAAUGCAACGUCCUGGGGCAGCGAAGGUUACAUCAGGUCGCUUUCUGACAGCUUUAGGGUUGGCGAGUGCGUGAUAAUUGAAAAUCCCCUGAUUCAAAGAAAGGAAUUAGAAAGAGAAGAAAAAUUCAGCCCUGCAACUCCUGGCAACUAUAAACUAUUGCUCAGUGAGAAUCACUCCACGGUAAAAAUUUGUUCCAGUUACCAAGUGGACACCAAGCUCCUUGCUUUGAUAUACUUACCUGUUAAAGAGUCUCGUGAUUUUUAUUCAUUGGGUGACAUUGUUGCAAAUGGAUGCAGUCUGGAUGGGAGGAUUAUUAACGUGCUUGCGGCGGUGAGGUCGGUUGGAGAGCCAAAAUACUUUACAACUUCAGACCGGAGAAAAGGCCAGAGGUGUGAGGUGAAGCUCUAUGAUGAGACAGAGUCUUCUUUUGCAAUGAUAUGUUGGGAUAAUGAAUCUAUCCUGGUUGCACAGAGCUGGGUGCCACGAGACACAGUAAUAUUUGCCUCAGACGUAAAAAUAAGUUUUGACAAAUUUCGGAACUGCAUGACAGCAACUGUAAUCUCAAAAACCAUUAUUACGACUAAUCCAGAUACCCCAGAAGCUAACAUCCUAUUGAAUUUUAUAAGAGAAAAUAAAGAAACAAAUCCUCCGGAUGAUGAGAUUGACAGUUACUUGAAAGAAUCUGUAAAUUCUCCGGCUGUGGUUACGUUGUAAAGGAAGCAUCCAGCACUUGUACUGCUUGCAACAAAGAUUCUUUGGAAUUUAAAUCUGUUUUUCUCAGCUUCCACUUGCUAAUUGACCUCACUGACCACACAGGUACCCUCCAUGCCUGCAGUCUUACAGGAGGGGUUGCUGAGGAGACUUUAGGCUGCACGGUAAAUGAGUUUCUUGCAAUGACGGAUGAACAGAAAACAGCACUGAAGUGGCAAUUUCUUCUGGAAAGAAGCAAAAUUUAUUUAAAAUUUUUUUUAUCACACAGAGCAAGGGGUGGAUUGAGAAUUAGUGUGCUCUCAUGUAAGCUCGCAGACCCUAUUGAGGCAAGUAGGAAUUUGUCUGGACAAGGAAAUAUUUAAAACAAGAUGCUUUAAACUCUGGACAAGAAUAUGAGUUUCAACUCUCUUGAAAGUGGAAAAUGAGUUUGAAAAUUAUGGAUAAAAUUGUAUUUUCAAAGGUGGUAAAAAUGUUUCUAUAAAUUGUUAUUAUGUUUCCUUCUGGAGUUGGUUAGGGGGUAAGUCUUAAAAUCUCUCAUUCACCCCAGCUCCUUUCUUAGAUGGCUUUUUCUACUGACUUUGCCCUCUCUCCCCAAGUUGGGAAAUGUUUGCGUGAAUUAAUAAACAAAUUUAAUCUUC